AUGUUGACCAUUCGCUCUUUGUCGCUACUGUUUGCCCUCGGGGCUUUCUCCCUCGUCGAUGCGGCACCGCAGAACAGAGGAAAUAGGGGUGGUAGGAACAGGAAUAAUCAGGGGGCGACUAGAGGCGGAGGACAAACGCAGAAGCAAGCUACGGCUUUUCAGCAGGCGCAGCAGAUACCGCAGGGCGUCUCGACGGCGACGGAUGGAAGCACUAUCUUGGAUAUGACGGCUAACGUAAACGGCCUCCCUCUCCGCUUCAAAGUCUCCGCACCCGCCGACCAAUUUACAGCAGACUCCGGUGUCGACGGCGGGGCCCAGACGGCGGGCGCAGCCGGUGACCUAGGUCUAAACGUCCUUCUACACGGUGACGGCGGACAAUCAUUCUUCGAUUUCCCGAAUCAAGCUGUACAGGACGGUCUCGCGGGAGUCGCCGUCCUAGCACCAGACCCAAACCUAUUCUGGGGUGGCGGUUCCGGACUCGACCGCACCGACGGUGUGGCCCACGCCCAGGCCGUCGCAGACCUGGUUGCGGAUAUCAUGCCCCAGGUCCUAGCAUUUAACUCCAGCCGAGUGAGCUUUACGGGAGUGUCUGGUGGCUCGUUGUUGCUGAGCGGGUUCUUGAUGCCGGGGCAUAUGUCGCAGUUUGCCGGUGCCGGAAAGGAGUCCCAAGUCUUACUUAACUGCGGCGGAUUAGAACCGCAAGUCGAUGUAGCGGAUGCGGAUGCUGCUGCGUUAGCAGAGACGCGUGUGCAUUUCCAGAGCACGCAGCAAGAAUUAACGCUCCUCCAACCCGCGAUCCCGGCAGCCAUCAAAGCCUACGAGCAGAUCGCCACAUCGCAAGGCCUGGACGCAGCAGCCGUCGGGGCCCUACAGACGGUAGAUAACUCACCAAAUGGCGGGCACUGCGAGUUUGACGAGCAGGACUUCGUAAGCGGCGUACAACUUAUGGCCGAUUCCUUCUCGGCUGUAGUACAGGGCGGUGAUGGAACCCUAGCGGGAACUAAUGUUAAUGUGCUAAACCCGGUUGUUGGAAACGAGGAAUUAGCCUUCUCGGGGGCUUCGUAA